AUGGCAGUAGUGUGGAGCAAUGAUAAAAUAAUGCAAUUAAUAGAAUUAUUUCAAUCAAAACCAUUAUUAUGGGAUUGUUCUAUAAAACAAUACAAAGAUAGAAACAAAAAGAACGAUGCAUUCGAAGAAAUUUCUCAAGUCCUAAAUAUACCCAAAAAAGACGUAGAAACUAAAAUACAUGUACUGCGUACUCAAUUUACUAGAGAGAAAAAAAAGAUGUCGGCAAAAAAAACUACAGGCAGCGGCGCAAUAGAAAAAUGUAAAUGGAUUUAUUACGAGCCAUUGGAAUUUUUGUUAUGUGGUGCAACUACUUCUGGUGAAACGGAUACUAUGAAUAAAACAGUAAGUUGUUUUUGUAUAUAA